CGCGAAACACAACUUGUAUCCGGUGCACAAUGUCUCUGCCUGUCAUCAGGGUCAACGUUGCGUACGAUGAUGAACUCGAUGCAAUUCAGACCUUCUUGACUACCUUCGUGGGGCAAGAGAAAGAUAUCAACAGAGGAAUCGCUAACAUUGCACUUGACGACGAUGGAUUCCAAUCAGAAGGACCGGCUAGCCGCUUCAAGUACAUGCAGCAACUGCAACGAAUAGCGAACCGAGAGCAGCAAAUGCUAACUAUCGAGUUGGAAGAUAUCCAUCAACAUCAAAAGACAGUAGUUGAACUCGUAGCUCGCAUUCAAAGCAAUGCGCGCCGCUAUGUCGCCUUGUUCUAUGAGGCCGUGGACAAGCUUAUGCCAACUCCAACGAAAGAUAUCAGUGAGAACGAUGAAGUCAUGGAUAUUCUACUCCAUCAGCGUCGUGAGCGAAACGAGCAGACCGAAGGUCUGCAAGAAGGCUUUCCAGCACACCUAUUGCGAAGAUAUACAAUUUACUUCGAACCACUGAAAUCAGAUGUCGCUCUCGCCGUGCGUGAGGUUCGAAGUACGCAUCUUGGUAAAUUGAUCACGGUUCGUGGCAUUGUCACCCGUGUCUCUGAAGUGAAACCCCUCCUCCUUGUGAACGCGUAUACAUGUGAUGUCUGUGGCUCUGAAACAUUCCAACAAAUCUCAAGCAAAACCUUCUCUCCUAUCACCGACUGCCAGAACGAGUCGGAGUGUAAGAAAGAUGGGAUCCGUGGAACUUUGCACAUGCAGACGCGCGCAAGUCGAUUUACUCCGUUCCAAGAAGUCAGAAUACAGGAAAUGGCCGACCAAGUCCCCGUCGGUCACAUCCCCCGAUCAAUGACCAUCCAUGUGCAUGGUGGUCUUACCCGCCUCAUGAAUCCGGGAGAUGUCGUUCAUCUUGGGGGCAUCUUUCUCCCUAUACCAUACACUGGAUUCCAAGCAAUCCGCGCAGGACUGCUCACCGACACUUAUUUAGAAACACAUCACGUACAUCAGCUCAAGAAGCAGUACAGUGACAUGGAGAUGACUCCACAAGUCCAGCACCAAAUCGCUGACAUGCAGAGGGAUCCUGCACUCUAUAACAAACUUGCGCAAAGCAUUGCGCCAGAGAUCUAUGGGCAUGUAGAUGUCAAAAAGGCCUUACUCUUGUUGCUGGUUGGCGGGGUGACGAAAAUCAUGGGGGAUGGCAUGAAAAUUCGUGGAGAUAUCAACGUGUGCCUCAUGGGCGAUCCUGGUGUUGCCAAGUCACAAUUGCUCAAGUAUAUUUCCAAGGUUGCACCACGAGGUAUUUACACCACGGGACGAGGCUCUUCUGGAGUCGGUCUCACAGCUGCUGUCAUGCGGGACCCUGUGACGGAUGAGAUGGUUCUGGAAGGCGGAGCUCUCGUCUUGGCAGACAACGGCAUAUGCUGCAUCGACGAAUUUGACAAGAUGGAAGAAUCAGAUCGUACGGCCAUCCACGAAGUCAUGGAACAACAAACAAUCUCUAUCUCAAAGGCCGGUAUCUCCACAACUCUCAAUGCUCGGACGUCUAUUCUAUCUGCCGCAAACCCCUUGUACGGACGGUAUAAUCCGAAGGUUUCACCUGUAGAGAAUAUCAACCUACCUGCAGCCUUACUGUCCCGUUUUGACUUGUUGUUUCUCAUCCUUGAUAAACCGACCCGAGAAGAUGACGAGCGGUUAGCGCAGCAUGUUACUCAUGUGCACAUGCACAACACCCAUCCUCAACUCCAGUUCGACCUAGUGGAUCUGACUCUCAUGAGGCACUACAUUGCCCAGGCACGCCUCAGGCGUCCCACAGUCUCCCCCGAAGUAUCGAAAUAUAUCGUAGACUCUUACGUUCGUCUUCGCAAAUUAUCGAAAGACGCUGCUGAACAGAAGAAGUCGCACACCUACACGUCUGCACGUACUUUACUCGGCGUUCUUCGCCUUUCCCAGGCACUUGCACGCCUGCGGUUUGCAAAUGUUGUGCAGCACGACGAUGUCGACGAAGCCUUGCGCCUUAUGGAGUGUAGUAAAGAGAGUCUUUAUGAAGACGAAGACCGGGAACAGGAGGUCGACCGAUCCGUUGUUAGUCAAAUCUACCGCCUUAUAAAACACAUAGUAGUGGAAGGUGGGAGGAAGCGGAGAAAGAGGCAAAGAAGAUUUGGAAGGCGUCCCAAUGGUGGCCCGGACACGGAGGAUUCUGACGAAGAUGAAGGUGAAGAGGAAUUGUCGAUGGUUGAUGUUCGGUCGCGCGUCUUGGGUGCUGGUUACAAUGAAGCGCAGCUUAAUGAGACUAUCAUUGAGUAUGAGAAUGUCGAUGUCUGGACACGAGUCGCAAACGGUUCUCGACUUCGCUUUAUUGAUAUCUAGUGCUUAAAUCUCCAUCACAUGCAACACCAGUGUGUAUGUACUUCAUAGGUAGUUAUGUAAAUAUCAUGGUUCGUGCAGAUCUCCAGAGUGAGCGAUGGUCCGUCCGUCUAAGCACCAAGUCUGACAUCCCAAAUUGCCCUCCUCGGGCAUUCCUUUCGCUUGUCAGUAGAGCACGACAUGGUCGCAGAAG